AUGGCUGGUGAUCCUUUGAAGCGCAAUCAGAACCUGUAUUGCGCGUACCAUCAGGAGCCAGGUCACACCACUGAUGAUUGCAGGAACCUGAAGAACCAUUUAGAUCGGCUCGUCCGAGAAGGGAAGCUGAGACAUCUACUGCAUCGCCCUGAAGGAUGGCAGGAACCAUCGAACAGUGAAACCAAACAAGGUACGUUGAGGCCACCCAUUGGCACAAUUAAUGUCAUUCUCGCCGCACCUGGAAGGACAGGCUCUGCCCCCUUCAGGAUAAUGUCAGUGAGCAGUUUUCCAACUGAGCCAGACGAUAGGGAAUCCAAGAGAGCCAGAGUGAGUGCCACACCAUUAAUUGGGUUCACGGAGGAAGACAAGCAAGGAACUAUUCAACCCCACGACGAUGCCCUAGUCGUCACGCUCAGAAUAGGAGGUUAUGACAUGAAAAGGGUGUUAGUUGAUCAAGGCAGCGCCGUGGAGGUAAUGUACCAUGAUUUGUAUAAGGGGCUGAACUUGAAGCAGGAAGACCUGUCGCCAUACGAUUCCCCCCUGAUCAGCUUUGAAGGAAAAAUCGUCAUCCCGAAAGGCAUGAUUAGGUUGCCUGUGCAAACAGACUCAAACGUGGUAAAAGUGAAUUUCAUUGUCGUAGAUGCAUACUCCCCCUACACAGCUAUCGUGGCCCAGCCAUAG